CGCCAGCAGCAGCAUGUCGCAGUCCGGCGAGGAUCUCCACUCGCCCACGUAUCUAUCCUGGAGGAAACUUCAGCUGAGUCGGGCCAAGCUCAAGGCUUCCAGUAAGAAAUCAGCCCUCCUCUCAGGAUUUGCCAUGGUGGCUAUGGUGCAAGUGCAACUAGAUCCCGACACAAGUGUACCAACGGGAUUGCUGAUAGCCUUCGCCAUCUGCACCACCCUCCUGGUGGCAGUGCACAUGCUGGCCCUGAUGAUCAGCACCUGCAUCCUGCCAAACAUCGAGACGGUGCGUAAUCUGCACAGUAUUUCCCUGGUCCAUGAAUCUCCGCACGAGCGUUUGCAUUGGUAUAUUGAAACAGCGUGGGCCUUCUCCACGCUACUGGGACUUAUACUCUUCCUGCUAGAGAUAGCCAUCUUGUGUUAG